AUGGAUCUCCGAAGAUCCACCAAUGAGUAUGAUCGUGGAGUGAAGUAUUUUCUUGAUAAGACAUUUGAACGAGGUUCUCAAGGAAAUGAAAUACUAUGCCCUUGUAAAAGGUGUUUUAAUCAGUAUUGGCAUACUCGAACGGUGGUGGAGAAUCACUUGUUUGGUUAUGGAUUUGUUAAUGGAUACACCAAAUGGGUUUUCCAUGGAGAAAGGUUUUCUUCAACAAAUAUGCCGCAUCCAAACAAUGAUGACGAAACUUCCGACAUACAUGACGAUAUCGAUGGACUACUUUAUGAUACUUUAAGGAAUGUAGAAGGUGAUAUGAGGCAUGAAGGAGUGAGAGAGGGACCAUCUGAAGAUGCAAAGAUAUUUUUCAAAUUUGUUGAGGAAGGGAAACAAGAGUUGUACCCAGGGUGUAAGAAUUUUUCUAAGUUGAGUUUCACCAUUCGGUUGUACUUGUUUAAAUGCAUUCACGGGUUGAGUAAUGUAGCCUUUUCAGACUUGUUAGACUUGAUAAAAAAGGCAUUUCCAUUUGCUCAGCUACCUGAGUCUUUCAACAAGGCAAUAAAGGUGAUAAAAGAUUUGGGUCUUGGUUAUGAGAAAAUUCAUGCAUGCCUUAAGGACUGCAUGCUAUUUUGGAAUGACAAUGCGAAAAUAGAUAAUUGCUCUGUGUGUGGUUCUUCUAGAUGGAAGAAUGUUCGUGAUGAUUUGACUAAUACGAACACUAAAAUCCCAGCAAAGGUUUUAAGAUAUCCUGCUGAUGGGGAAGCUUGGAAGGAUUUUGAUUCAUUGCACCGGGAUUUCUCUAAAGAUCCUCGUAAUGUUCGAUUGGGUCUUUCAAGUGAUGGUUUCAAUCCAUUCCGAACCAUGAGCAUUUCCCAUAGUACAUGGCCAAUUAUGUUAAUGAACUAUAAUUUGCCACCAUGGGUUUGCAUGAAACCGGAGUAUAUAAUGUUGUCAAUGAUCAUUCCAGGUCCAUCGUCUCCUGUAAACGAUAUAGACGUGUUCCUACAACCACUAAUUGCAGAGUUGAAGGACCUAUGGGAAAUGGGAGUGGAAACAUAUAAUGCUGAAACUAACCAAACAUUUCUAAUGCGUGCAGCUUUAUUGUGGACAGUUAGUGAUUUUCCAGCACUAGCAAUUCGUAAGAUGUGUUACUUGGGUCAUCGAGCAUUUUUACCUCCUGAUCAUCCAUUUCGAGGAGAUAAGAAAUCAUUUGAUGGUAAAGAGGAGCAUAAAGCUGCACUUACUCCCUUAUCAGGCAUAGAAGUGCUUGAAGAGCUAUGUGAAUUCAAUAAUGUCUUUGGGAAGGGCCGACAGAAAAGGGCUCGGAAGAGUGAUGGUCCAUGGAAGAAAAGAUCCAUAUUUUUUAAAUUGCCAUAUUGGGCACAUAACAAAUUGAGGCACAAUCUUGACGUGAUGCAUAUAGAGAAGAAUAUAUGUGAUAGUUUGCUUGGGACAUUGUUAGAUGUACCUAGAAAGUCCAAAGAUCAUGUCAAUUCUCGCUAUGACUUGCACGAGAUGGGGAUACGCAAAGAGCUUCAACCAUUAAAAGAUGAUAAGAAUGGUAAAAUUCAUCUGGCUAAAGCUUGUUUCUUUAUGAAACCAGAGGAGAAAAGGUUGUUUUGCACUGUUUUAAAAAAUGUCAAAUUACCAAAAGGGUGUGCCUCUAAUAUAUCACAUCGUGUGCAAAUGGAGGAGAUGAAAGUAUCAGGAUAUAAGAGCCAUGAUGCUCAUUUCAUAAUGCGGUACUUGCUUCAGGUUGCGGUUAGAAAAGUGUUACCCAAGAAUGUGUCUUUGGCCUUGAUUAGGUUGGGGAAUUAUUUUAGAACCAUAUGUAGUAAGGUUAUAAGAAGAAGAGAUCUUGAUAAAAUGAAGGCUGAAAUCAUAGAUAUAGUAUGUGACCUUGAAAAGAUUUUUCCUCCAACCUUUUUUGAUAUAAUGACACAUUUGCCUAUCCAUUUAGUAGAUAAAAUUAAGCUCGGGGGUCCGGUUCAUUUGCGUUGGAUGCAUCCCAAUGAGAGAAACAUGUGUGGUCAAAUUGAACAAGGGGAUGAAAGAAGUGAAGAUACAUGA